GGUUACAUAGCAUGUCAAAAGAUGGCAUGUGGAAAGAUGUCGCUUGUUUAUGGGAGGCGUUUUAGCCAGAUUGUUUAUAUAUCGGAUUCAUGUAUCACUUAGCUCAAUCAUUACACACCCUUAUUAUCUCUGUCUUCCGUUACGCAUUGAAGAAUACUUUUGACCCUAGCCAGUUGCUAGGAUUGCAAGGUAACACCGUAAACGCAUGUGCUUUUGUUUUUUUCCGGGAAAUUAGUUUUCCGUGGAAACCAAAACCAGUGUAGGAGCUCUCAUAUCACCGUCGCUCUCACCGAAGCAUUCAGUACUGUGUUCUCCGUCGCUCUCACCGAAGCGUUCAGUACAAUAUUCGCAUCAUGCCGUGGUCAGCAUCUCAACAAACGAGGCUUGGAUACGAGAAACAGUUGCUUGAGCAGUAUUUUCGCGGAAACCGUGCGACUUGGAUCGAUCCUACUGGUAACACCAAAGUUGAAAUUAGAGUAACAUGCUCCAACAACAGAGAGUACACUUUGAGGAUUUACAUUCCAGUCGACUUCCCUAAUUCCUGCCCUCAAAUGGUCGUUUGCAACCCUUCCCAUUGCUUGGUGAAACGUAACGGGACCGUGAUGAAUUUUCCAAACGAUGACGACCACACUUGGGGAAGCAAAGAUGGCUGCACGCAGAUUUGUCAUUACAAGCCAGCAGAGUGGACAGAUGACAACACGCUAUACCAAGUGACCAUGAAAGGUUUGAUUUGGCUGGAGGCUUACGAGGCUCAUCUCCGUACUGGAAAUUCUCUCAGUAAUUACUUACAACACUACUAGACCCAGAGGACAAUCGCAACAUUUAAAAUUGGAUGACAAAGUAGCGAAAUGAUCUGUGAAACUUUCACCUGGUUGGAACAGUUAGAAAUUGCUUGGCAUACCGUAUAAUAUUAUCAUUCUGUAAUAUCCAGGAAAGCAGUUGUUUAGUUU